AUGGACAAGGUCAACGUUUCGGGGUUGAAGGGGCUGCAGAGUGCGAUGAUAACCUUCAUCAAGGAGCACGUCGCUCUGAAACGGUCGGGCCAUGUCGGAGUUGCUGCCGACGCCUGUGACAACGACAGCGAGGAGCCCCCGUCGGCAUCCCAAGCAGUAGGUGUCGCCCACCCCGUCGAUGAUGCGCGUGGGACUUCGAUCGGAGAGCCCGGCGGCGGCGUCGACAAGGCCGAUGAGGAGGCAGGAAGGGCGGUGACUGGGACCGCGGAGAAGCACCAGGACGAUAACGAGGAUCAGGAAGAGGAAAACCAGGGUUUUCGUGAGGAGGAGGAGGAGGAGGAGGAGGAGGAGGAGGAGGAGGAGGAGGAGGAGGAGGAGAAGGAGGAGGAGGAGGACGAGGAGGAGGACGAGGAGGAGGACGAGGAGGAGGAGGAGGAGGAGAAGGAGGAGGAGGGGGGGGGCGCGGCGGAGGAGGAGCAAGAGGGGGAGCAGGAGGUAGAGGUCGAGUGGGAGGUCAUGGAGGUGGAGUACGAGGGAGCAGCGGAAACGGGUGGGAGGUCGGCGGAUGUUGUGAACGAAGGAGUGGAGGAUGCCGACGAGCAGAAAGUCGGCAUGGAGGCGGCUCAUGGGGGGGGUGGGAGGUCGGCGGAUGUUGUGAACGAGGGAGAAGAGGCUGUCGACGAGGAGAAAGUCGGCGUGGAGGCGGCGCACGGGGGGAGUGAGAAGGUCGUGGUCGGCGAUGUGGAUCCCCACGCGAAGGAAGUUGUCGACCUCGAGGCCGGUGGAGAAGGGGAUACCGUCGCGGCCACGAAGUUGACGGGCAUGGAAGGGCCUACCGAGGCCACCGCGGGGAAGGCCGUGGGGGAGCGGUCAAGGAAGAAGAAGGCGGCGCGCGGUCAUCCCGGUUCCUCCGCAUCUACUCGGCAGGCACCGCUGGACGUCGUCGAGCAGCUGCGACAAGAGAACAGGCGGUUGACGGCAGAAAAUGCCCGUCUGGAGAAGGUGCUCGGAGAGGAGAAGGGUCAGGUGGACAGGUUUGCGUUGGGGGCACGUGCACUGAUCGACAAGCUCAAGAAGUUGGCCGACCAGGUCGCCGUCUCCGACCAGAAGGCGGCGAGUCGGCUGCUAGACGCGACCUUGUCCAUGUCGACAACCGUCACGGACAACAUCACCGCCAACAUGGGCGACGCAUGGGAGGCGAUGAAGCAAUACGCCGUAAAGACGUCGAAGUGGUUGGACGAACUCGACGAUCUGGAGGGGUUUAUGGCAGUUGAACGUGCGAAGGCGGUCAACACCCUGGCCGACCACGUGGAAGCGGUGGUGGACGGUGCGAAGCUGGGUUUGGAGGACUACAUCUCGAAGCACCUAGCCGCCGCGCAGACCAACAUUGCCGCCGCGGUAACUCGCAACAUCGCCGUGCCGCCGCCGCCCCCGCCGCAGCCCACGCCAGCCUUCCCGGACGAGCAGAUGAAGUCGUUCAAGGCGGAAGUGUUGAAGGCGGUGACGGAGGCCACACAGCAGUCGUUUGUUGCGUCCGGGUUAAAGCUCAUGACCGAGGUGAUCGGCAAUGUGGCGCCUGGUCGGCGUGGGUCGUCGCCGUCGGCCAAUGACGCCGAUCCCGCGGCGCGAAGGGAGGCCGACAAGCAGGGCCAGAAAAGGGCGGGCGGCGGAGAGGACGCGACGAGCGUGAAGCGGAGCAAGGGAGCCGAUGGAAGCCGCGGCGUCGGCAAGGUGGGGCCAGGCGGCUCGCGGGCUGGAGGUCAGAGCGUGGUCGACCAGCUCAAGAAGAACGGGGCCAAGGUUUUAAGGUCGCACAGCAAGGGCGAUGGAAUCGGGAGUGCAGAUGGGGGCCCUGCCGACGAGGUUGCCGCUCAAGACGCUGGACCAACAUCCUCGCCCUUGGUCGCCGACAAGGAGAUCCCACCCGCUCAAACGGCGAAAGAUGGCGGCGCCAGAACCGUCAAGGGACCGUCUGUCGGGGUGGCGGGGACCACGUCGAUUCCCCGUAAACCCCCUGCGGCUAGCAGCGCGCCUGUCGGCCCGUCCACCGCCAACAACAAGGGGCCGGCCCUUGCGGCUACUCCAGCUCCAGCAGGCCCGUCUACCGCCAAGGGCGACGCGAAGGAUGCCACUAAGGAGCCCGCAGCGGCGAACGCGCUCAGGGAAAUGCUCCACCGCAUGGAGGCCCAUCGCCGGGAUGUGCAGCAGCCUCCCUUGGUCGACGCCGCCCCCGCCGAAACUGCACGUCCUUCGGUCACUCCGCAUGUCACCGCCACAGCGUCCAGAGCCCCACCUACCGCGCCUCUGCUCGCCGGCCGUCCUCCAGCGGACCCAAAGUCCGCAUUGCUUCGCACCCGGUUAGGCGCACGUAGUGCGGCAGCGCCAACACGGACUCAGCCGGAAGCCGUAUCAAGCGCGACGCCGGCGUCGGUAAACGUGGCUGCACCCACAUCCGGUGCAGCUGUUGUCGAUGCGGCGGCGGAGAAGGGCGUGAGGGAAGCGCUAGCCACCGGCGGAGUCGUUGCCCCUGCACAGGCGCCGAAAGGCCACAACGACGCCGAAAUCGCUGCCAUACAGGACCUGUUGGAAGCGCCCUCGGCGAGUCUCCCCGGUGGUUCAGUGGAGCCAAAGACGACCACCGAGGCUGUCGGCGAGGGAAAGUCGAAACGAAAGGGGAAGGCCGACUCAGGGAAAGGGAGGGCGAGCUCACAGAGGAAAACACGGGCGACGUCGGCGACGAAGGAGAAGGCGGAGGAGAAAUCGAAGGAGAAGUCGGCGGAGAAAGGGAAGGAGAAGGAGGAGGAGAAUCAUGAGGAGAAGUCGGUCGGCGAGGGUACGUCGGCGAAGAAAGGGAAGGAGAAGGCGGAGAAGGAGAAGGAGAAGGAGGAGAAGAAGGAGAAGGAGAAGGAGGAGAAGAAGGAGAAGGAGAAGGAGGAGAAGGAGAAAGGACGGAAGGGUCAUGGCAUCCGCCACGACAGCUCGGGCGACGGGCUAGGGUGGGUGGGCGAGAUUAAGGUGCUCGGCGUGAAUCGGUACAUCAGCAAGUCGCGCGAGAAGAUGGAGCUGGCGUACCUGCACUCGAUUGCGUACAUGGUCUACGGCGGUUACGUCAGCAAGAUCCUCAUGGACGAGCUCACCAACUUGGAGGAAACCAAGAUGGAGAAGUGGAGGAACGUGUGGGAGGAGGUCAAGAUCCUGCGGACAGGGAUGUGGACGGUGAUAUGGGCACAGGGCGCGUACCUUCCAAAAACACGGAGAUACGCACCACGACGCGCUCUUGCCGGCGAUCUGGUCCCCGUCGUCGCCGACACGAAGGAAGGCCAGGAGAAGGCGGAUGCUAUGAUGUCGGCCAUGAUUGCCCGCGUGUCCAUGUGCGCUGCGUAUGGGAAGGUCGCUGCGAGCGCGGCGAGGAAGGAGGGAGACACGGAUGAGAAGACGGAGAUGGCGGCACAAGCCUGGUCACCCUCCGCUUGCGCCGUGUGGUGCUUAGUCGAGAACGACGACGCCCAGGUGGUCGAUGCUGUGGGCGAAGGGAAGGCGGCGGCGAUGGUGGUCGGUGCGAGCGAGACGACCGCCGGUGUCUUCUUGAAGGUCAUGCAGGCGGUGCUGGAGGUCGAGAUCGACAGGGAGCAACCCCUCGGGAAGGUUGCGCACAACGUCGCGCCGGCGCUGCAGAGUCUCGCUCUGCAAAGGGCCUACCCGGGGGUGGAGGUUGAAGUCGAAGCCGACGUGAUGGCUAGAGCGAUGGUGGAGACCAUGGCGUUCUGGGGAAUGUGCCCCAUCGCCGGGCCGAAACUGGAAGAGAUCGGCAUCGCGGUGCCGUGUGACGCGCAGAUGGAGCACGAUAUUGAACACAGGGGGAGGAAGGGGCAGAGGGGCAAGCAGGGCAAGAACAGCACGGGGAAGAAGGGGAAGAAGGGCAGGAAGGGCAAGGACAGCACGGCGGCGUAG